AUGGAUGGAAAAGAUCAAAAAAUUCUAAUACAAUCAGUAGGUCCAAGUCAAAUAAAACAUAUUUAUCGUGAUUUUGUUUUUAUAUUUUGUCGUAUAUUAACUGAAAAUAGUACUUUAUUUGUAUCUGAAGCAACAAAUUUAUUAUUAGCUGAUGGCCAAUUAAAAGUUUCUUCAAAUUCAUCAUCAUCAACUAGUUCUUCAUCAUUACAUUUAAAUAGUCCAAUAAUAUUCAUCGCGAUACAAGUUAAAAUUUCACAAGAACCUUAUAAAGGUUAUGUUGGAAUUGUUAAAGAUGCAACAGUAUCAACAUGUCGAACUGAACUUCAUACCAAAUGUCAAACAAUUACUAUUGAUCGAAAUAUAAUUUUAUCAACAAUGUUUGUUACACCUCAGCAUGACGGUUCAAUGACUCAACAUGCACAUGGUGGUGCAUCAGCUUGGGAUCCAGCAUAUACAACAACACCUAGAGUUGAUUAUGAUGACGAUAAUGGCCCGUCAACGUUUGCAAUAUUUAGUUCCACUACACCUUCAUCGAGUUAUUUAACAGAUAAAUUAUCAAGUGGUCUUGAAAAAAGUUCAAAUACAAGAGGUUUAUCAUCAAUUUCAAAUUCUUCAUCAACAAUAACAUCAGAUUCUGGCUCAAUACGUGAUUCUACUGAUAGUCCAGCAAGUGUAGCUUUAAAUGUUUCAAUUGAUACUUACGCAGCAUGA